UCCCGCCGCAUUCCUUUCAGUUUGGCAGUUAGGUCCAUCCAAACGCUCUGUAAAGCAAAACUUCACUUCAAUUCAAUGGAGAACCAGCGACACCAAGAAAGAGAACCAGAAGAACAAGUAGUAGUAGUAGAUGAGGUUGAUGAUGAUGAUGAUGAAGAAGAGGAAUCGUUUUCUUCGGAUUCCGAGAUCGGUGACGCCCUUGACUGGCUUGACUCCAAGGACGAUGACGACGUCGUCGACGCUUCCUUCUCUCUCAAUUCUCGCCGCCCCAACGCCCAUGGCGGCCACCACCACGCCGCCGUCAACUCCUCCACCCUCCAGCCUCUCUCUAACCGCAACCAGAAGUUCACGCACCACAUUCGUGCGUCUCCCUUAGAGGAGUGGGAAGGGAGGAUGAAUGUUGGGAUGUCUAACUCUGUGAGUACGGCAAUUCGUGGUAGUGUUCGAGAGAUGGCCAUUGGUAAAACUAAAACUACUGAUAAGGCAGACCGCGCCACUGUUGAGCAGGCAAUUGAUCCUAGAACGCGCAUGGUUUUGUUCAAAAUGCUUAACCGAGGUGUGUUUCAUGAUAUCAAUGGAUGCAUUUCAACUGGAAAGGAAGCAAAUGUUUAUCAUGCAACCAAAUCUGAUGGUCAAGAACUUGCAAUUAAAGUAUACAAAACAUCCAUUCUGGUUUUUAAGGAUAGAGAUAGAUAUGUGCAAGGAGACUACCGUUUUAGAAAUGGAUACUGCAGGCAUAAUCCCAGGAAAAUGGUAAAAACAUGGGCAGAGAAAGAAAUGAGGAAUCUUAUGAGGCUAAAGGCAGCAGGACUUAGGUGCCCUACACCUCUUCUUCUGAGGCUGCAUGUUUUGGUUAUGGAAUUUAUAGGAAAGGCUGGUUGGGCUGCCCCUCGUCUUAAAGAUGCAAACUUAUCUUUAGACAAGUUACGUGAAGGCUAUCUUGAGAUGAUUAUUGCAAUGCGGACAUUGUAUCAAAAGUGCAAAUUGGUUCAUGGUGACCUCAGCGAAUAUAAUAUACUUUAUUUUGAGGGUCACUUGUAUAUUAUUGAUGUUUCUCAAGCUGUUGAUCCUGACCAUCCUCAUGCCCUCGAUUUCUUGCGUGAAGAUUGUAUUCAUAUAUCAGACUUCUUUAAAAAGCAUGGUGUGGCUGUCAUGACGAUAAGAGAACUGUUCGAUUUUAUUGUUGAUCCAACUAUUGCUGAUGAUGCUGUGGAUGGUUAUUUGGAAGAGAUGCAACAAAAAAUCUCAGCAAGAGGAGAUGUAUCUGUAGAGGAUGAGAUUGCAGACUCGGUAUUUAUGCAGACUUACAUUCCUAAGACGCUAGAUGAUGUANNACGCAUAACAAGUGGGAAGGACACCGGCGAUUUAUACUAUCAGACCAUCACUGGACUUAAACACGCAUUAUCAAUAUCACAACCUUCGUCGCAAAAUGACAAGCAGCAUGUGAAAUCAAAUCCUACAGAGGUUUCACAUAUCAACUCUGAUGAUAAAUCUGGCCUUUCAAAGGCAGAUGGUGACUCAGAGUCCGACGAGGAUGAAAAUGAUGAAAGUGAUUCCGAAGUGGAUUCAUAUUCUGAAAGCGAUACACAGACGCCUGCAGACAGGAAAGCGGCUAGAAAAGAGAAUAAGAAGAAGGUGAAGGAAGAGAAGAGAGAAGCGCGGAAAAAUAAAAUCCCCAAGGCUGUCAAGAAAAGAAAGAAGAAGUUGGCUAAAGCCAAAAAGACAAGGUAGGCAGAAGCAGCUUCAAGUUUUUGCCUUCCAGGUAGUAGGAUUUAGGUAGAAGUUAAUACACCAUAUAAAAAUUGAGCAAUUUUGUUGAGUGGAUUCAAAGCAAUAUAACAGUUGCUGGUGUGGAAUUUUCUAAGUGUGUCUCACAAUUCUUAAAUAUACUAGUAAUAUAUUUGUCCACACUAUUUGCUUUUGUUUAUA